UCCUUUGGUUACUCAGUCUCUCACCACACUACCAACUUAAACCCUAAUAUCCCUCCCUUUCUCCACUCCUCCAUCGACCCACCACCAUGGCAGCCAUCGACUACGAAGACGCACGCGGCGGCUCCUACGACGACCGCCGCCAAACACCACCACAGCAGGACCUCGGCUACGACCCAAACUUCGUCCCCGACUCCGUCAAAUCCUUCGUGGUCCACCUCUACCGUCACAUCCGCGAGAAGAAUGUCUACGAGAUACACCAGAUGUAUGAGACCUCCUUCCACACUCUCUCCGACCGUCUCUUCAAGGACUCGCCCUGGCCCUCCGUCGAUGCCGUCGCUCACUACGUCGACAACGACCACGUCUUCUGCCUCCUCUACCGUGAGAUGUGGUUCCGCCACCUGUACGCUCGCUUAACCCCUACGCUCCGCCAGAGGAUCGAUUCGUGGGACAAUUACUGCAGCUUGUUCCAGGUGGUGCUUCAUGGUGUUGUCAACAUGCAGCUUCCGAAUCAGUGGCUAUGGGAUAUGGUUGAUGAGUUCGUUUACCAGUUCCAGAGCUUCUGCCAGUACCGCGCCAAGAUGAAGAACAAGACAGAGCAGGAGAUCGCUCUCUUGCGCCAGUUCGAUCAGGCUUGGAAUGUUUAUGGGGUUCUUAACUUCUUGCAAGCGCUUGUGGAGAAGUCCAUGAUUAUUCAGAUACUUGAGCAGGAGAAGGAGGGCUGGCAGUUCACUGCUACUGAUGGUUAUGACUACAAUGGAGGAAGUAACGUGUUGAAGGUGUUGGGGUAUUUCAGCAUGGUUGGGUUGCUGCGUGUGCAUUGUCUUCUCGGUGAUUAUCAUACGGGGCUCAAGUGCUUGCAACCUAUUGACAUUAGUCAACAGGGUGUUUACACAAGCGUGAUUGGAAGCCACAUCACAACCAUAUAUCACUAUGGUUUUGCUAAUCUCAUGCUCCGCAGAUACGUGGAAGCAAUUCGUGAAUUUAACAAGAUUCUCUUGUAUAUCUUUAAGACAAAGCAAUACCAUCAGAAAUCACCACAGUAUGAGCAGAUAUUGAAGAAAAAUGAACAAAUGUAUGCCUUGCUGGCUAUUUGCCUUUCACUCUGCCCACAAAACAGGCUUGUUGAUGAAACUGUGAACUCUCAAUUGCGAGAGAAGUAUGGUGAAAAGAUGAUUAGAAUGCAAAGAUAUGAUGAUGAGGCAUUUGCUAUAUAUGACGAGCUCUUCUCCUAUGCAUGUCCCAAAUUCAUCACUCCUUCAGCACCUAGUUUUGAGGAGCCCCUUGUAAAUUAUAACCAGGAUGCCUAUAGGCUACAAUUGAAACUGUUCCUUUAUGAAGCCAAGCAACAACAGUUGCUAUCAGGUGUCCGUACCUUCUUGAAGGUGUACUCAACGAUCUCACUUGCAAAACUUGCAAGUUACAUGGAAGUUGAUGAACCCACCUUAAGGACUAUCUUGAUGACAUACAAGCACAAGACACAUUCAGUGGAUAGUGAUGGAAAAGUCAUAUCGAAUGCUGAUGUGGAUUUCUACAUAGAUGAUGACAUGAUUCGUGUUAUGGAGUCUAAGCCUGCCAAGCGAUAUGGGGAUUACUUUUUGCGGCAGAUUGCCAAGCUUGAAGGGGUAAUCAAUGAGAUGGACAGUGUAAAACUGGAGUGAGUUGUUGCUAUCAGCCGCUCUGCCGAAUGGACUUGUUCAUGACAACAUGUUGCGUAUUGUCGAGCACAAUUUUUCGGUAGGAGUAAUUGUGUUGUUUUUUGAGGUAUUGGAUGUAGUUAGUUUUCAACAUGCAAUACUCAUUGUUCCCCUUCUCAACUUGAUUUUAUUUAAAGAAGGAAUUUACCCACUUACCCCGUCUCAAGAAAGGGCAUAAAGUUCAUAAUUUUUUCGAUUUGUUUGGUUAUUGUUGUAUUUAUUUGUCAUUGAUCCUUUUGUCA